CUUUUUGAUCCCAACACCAAAAAUCUUCGAAAUCGUAGUUAUAGGCGGCGAAUGAGUAGGAAUGAAAAAAUUAUUCUUCCACAGGAGAUGAGAUUUCAAGUUGAAAGCUUCAGCAGCGAACAAGGAGCUCAAUGCUGUUGAGAAGCAAAAAGAAAAUCUUCGAUUGAAAUAAAAGUGUUAUCUCCACCACGCCAGAACGAAGAUGGUAACUAACCGCGACCGCGGCCCCGAUGGCGAUCUUGUCGGGGAUUGAUGAUAGGAAAACUACGCGUAAUUAUUUCAUCAUCCUUGUUCUCUACGUCGGGUGUUGAAGUAGACCCUGCACGAUUUCUACUACAUCAUCGACAAGACUGCUGCACCAACUGCAAUUCUUCAUGAGAUAGUGAAGAUCGAAGGAGAACAACAUCACGGGCGAUGAUGUCCUCCUCGGUGUUUUCGACCUCGCCGACACUGUCUUCACAGGAUAGAAGCACCAGUAGUUCUUCUUCUGCCGUCGACAAACCAACCACGAACCACCGGAAUAUGUAUUGCAAAAGUAUCGUACUCGUAUAAAUGCAUUACAAAUUUCCUCAGCAUGAGAAGUAGAAUUUGUAAUGCGGAUUUACCCCGAGAAAAAAAAAUUGUAAAUGCAUGAUUGCAAUACGAGUACGAUACUUUUGCACAGGAUGCGGAAGAGGAAACGGCGAAAGCGGAAAACGAGCUAUCAACUGCAAACAUGUCUGGGUCUGGAGACUUGUAAUGCUGCGUUGGGAAUAGUGACUGCUCUGUAAUGCACAGACAAGCAUGAGAAAUAUCUGCGCUCCUUCUUUGUGUAUGCGUUUUUCGCAUGACAAACUGUGUUUUAUUUGCAUGACAGGCAAAAGGGUCUCUUCUUGGACACGCAUCACAAACUUUUUGGUCAACAUGCCAGACAAGCAUGACAAAUCUCGCAAUGUUCCAGACCCAGACAUUUUUGCAUUUGAUACGAGCGACCUGUGCACGAUGACGUUCUUGUCCUCUCCUGGUGGAGUAGUACAUCAGAUAUCGAGCGGUUUCGCGCGACGUUUUUUCUGCUCUUCUACCGCCACACGAAUAAAGAGAAGCAAAACUUCCGGGAAGAUUGUAGAACUUGCGGAGAGAAGGAAAACCAUUUCCGGAGGACCACGACCGGUGAAUAAAAUUGUCUUCUCCAGCAGCGCGACGCGUGGCCGCGGGGGUGCUGGCGUUUUAGUAGGGAAAUUGAGGACGACCACCACGACGAACAACGACUACCGUUUUUCCAUACUUUUAUUCCUCUUCGUCGUUAAUAUCACUCUGUUCUGCGGCAAUCGCAUUUUCGUGGUUCACGAUCAGGAGAUAAGACGGAACAACUACAACUUAUGGGAGUGUCAGGAUUAGAAUCGACAAAGUUGAAAUAAUCUGUGAUGCAUAAAAUGCAUGACGCAAGGCACGUGUGUUGCAGUGCAGGCAAGUGAGGCCGAUUGUGAGCCUGUUUGGGGUUAGAGCUCGAGCUGCUAAAGUAGCAUGAGAAAAUCAGUCGUCUUUGCCUAAACAGCAUGACAAACUGGAUUUACGCACCACCAAAACUUGUCAUGCGGCACUUACAAACUGGGUUCCAACUGGCAUCCAUUCCAUGCAUGACAAAUCAUUUCAACUCUGACGAUUUCAGUCCUGACGCUGCCAUACAACUUCUGCUGUCACGUGGCAACCGCCGUGAAGGUCGUGCAGCGGGAAAACCUGGACAACAAGAUAGAAGAAGCGGAAGAAAUGCAAAACGAACAGGCGUAUCAAAUGCAAAUAUGUCUGCGUCUGGAAGGAUGCGAACUUGUGAUGCGGCAUCUGGAUUGUACAAAAAUCUGUAUUGCAUCAUGAACAGCAAAAGAGGUCCAGUUUAUUUUGCCAUUGCGAGGGGGCAUUUCUCAUGCGGUCUAGGCAUCAGAAAGGCCUCACAAGAUCUGUGAUGCUAGGGCAUGCAUCACAGAUCGAUCAGGACUCAUGCAAAAUGUGCUGUAUGACAAACUUUGCAUCCUUCCAGACCCAGACAUAUUUGCAAUCCAUAAGGCGGGUCGUGUAGAAGAAAAAGAGCAACAACAGAAGACACUGAAAGCACAGGUCGCUACCGGUGAAGCAAAAAGCGGUGCCGCGAGUAAGGAAAGCAAGCGUCGCACUGGCCGUCAGUCAGUAGGUACAGGAACAACUACCGACCACGCUAUUCCAAAGAAAAAAGUGUUAAUGCUACACAUUUUCAUUUUCUGUAGUCAAUUCAGCAAGAACACAAACUUGGUCUGAAUGUCAAGAAAACUUGUGGUAGUGGAGGUAGUGCGCAGUCUAUAAUAAAGACAAUGGGGAAACUACACGCAUAAAGAUAAAACCAAGCUUCUAUGCAUAUCCGGCAUGACAGGGCUGUCUGUCUCUUCGAGGCUAACGCAAUGUAUAACUGUAUUAAUAACGCAUUUUUCUUUGCAUACACACGGAUCUGUUUGAAGUACUCGAAGGCCUGGUGAACGACCACAUCGCAGGGCUUCCCGACAAUCCCCCCAUAAUUAAUUCAGCCACACUCGACGAGUACAUAGACCAACUUGGUGCCGAUAAAGAAGACAACAUGAAAGCCGUUCUGCAAGCGACGAUGGCCACAAUGGACGACCGACCGGACCACGACUUUCACUACUACGAAUCGGCUUCCAAUAACGAACUUGACCACAUCCAUGACAUGACGACCCCCGGAGAUUGGGCAAACCACUAUGAAAACCAUCCGCAAUCCAAUGCAGACACGGAGGAGAAGAUUAAAACGCUUUACAUAUCCAAUGCAAAUUCUGGACCAGGAAAACAGGUUUCUGUUGUACUUGUAACCAACACCAAGAGAGUUCGUAGUUGUGUUAUCGGAUAACACUAGGCUGCGCCAGAGAACGCGAGUUUUUUUUCCAAAAGAACAUGUCUGAUCCUGUUUCUGAUAUCUAUGUAUUCCAUGCGACGAAAUGUGCAUGCCAUAAUCAUCUUCCGAUCGCUACCGCGAUCAUGUGACUUGAAAAAGAUUUAAGUAGCGACCCCUCUUCCUCUUGCAACUAUGCGAUUCCGAUUGCGAUGCUACAACCCCGGUUCGCCAGGCGACAAAAACAGGAUCUCCAUAGUACAAUGGAAUCAUGCUUAAACGUGAAGUUUUGUUGUUUGCAAUGGAUACAAAAAGGCUAGCGCACCAGCGGGUAUGGACUGCUCAGGCGUCACAAUCUCAACUGCUCCAAUGGAGUCUGCAACUGGAUUGUGUCUUCUAUGAACUACAAAAUGCAGAGUAUGCAAAGCCUUCCGUAUAGCUUUGCAAUAGAAAUUGAGAUUUGACCACCAUGCAUAAUUCUAUGGACUGCUGUUUUUGGGUUUCAGAACUUGUCAUGCGCAUCCCUUUGUUUGAGGAUUUGUUAUUGUUUCGUCAGACCCACAUCAUGCCAUUGUUACAUUUUUACUACAACAAGUCCGCUCCGUCCUGUGAUCAUUCCCACAGUCGAAAGUGUAGCCCCUGAGCUGGCCAUAACGCGUCGCCACCCGAUCCCAUCAGAAUCACUUCUAUCGGCAGGACAGUCGGGCUCUCAAUCGCUGAUCGACCGGAUGGUAUCCACAGCAGGUUUACCCGAACCAUCUUCCCCAAUCGAAGAGGACAACGAUGUGGAAACGUACUACAAGCAAUUGGGGUCAGCACGAAAUAAAGCCGCGUUUGCGACGAUGCUGAACGACUGGCUAGACAAUUUGGAUCCCGCAACUUACGUAUCGCACGAGAAAAUUCGUGCGCCAAAGUGGUGACUUUGCAGGAUUCGCUCUGGACGUGUGCGGGUGCCCCGUCUGUUUCGCAUGACAAAGAACACGAAGAUCUGCUAUAAUAAAUAUGUCCGUAGAUUAUGCUUCGUGAAGACGAACGUCAAGAGCAGAUUUUCAUUGACGAAAAAAAUAGCACGACAAAAAGUCCGGUGCAGCCAUUGUAUGUUUUUCUCUAGUACGGUGAUGCAGUUUUUUUUUCUCGUGAUAGGAUGAUGGCACUCCCGACGUCGACGUCGACCCGGGCCUCCUGCCGAAAACAACAAAGAAUGGUGAUCAACUUUUCAGUGUGCAAGAGUGGUCAUAUUUGUUUCUCGAGAAAUCUCCCGAACGCCGGGAAGCACUCUUCAACGAUGCCGUGGCGCACGUGCAAAACGGUGAAGUAACCGGCGGUGCAGCUCAGCUAAAUCUGUACGAAUACCCGACGGAUUCGGAUUUUGGCGUCGCCCUCGAAGGCAUGGCGGUCUCCGCGGGGCUCCCCGCUCCCGACUCGAAUAAUAUCGUGUCCAAAAACGUCGUCAGCCCAUACUGGAGGUCAUGCUGAUUAUCAUGCCAAGCUCGUGUGUGAUACGCAGCCCCACGCGAAGCAUUUCGUAAUUUCGUAGUCUAUCAAUGGUUCUUCUUCAUGUAGAAUAUAAAGAAUUUUUCGUCAUGUUUUGAUCACUCAGGACAGGAAGUUGUAGUUGGCUGAGUGAACGUGAAGAUCCUAAAAAAGAUCAUGCGACUCACGCUUGUCUUUGUCGUGGGUUACCGUUUUUUUUAUCUAAUUAUCUACUUCGCUGCGCUGUCGGACAGCAGAAAUGAAGCUCAGCCACAUUUAACCAUGUGACAGUGGGGCGGGAAGCGUUUUUGAGCAGGAUAGGUUAACCCCUCGACUCCCCUGCCAAUGUGAAAGAAUACUACAACACCCUCCUAUCCUCGUCGGCUGGUCGGGCGGACGCGUUCGCGACGUUGCUUAACGACUACCUGGACGUAGGAAGGAAAACAAAGUGUGUAUAAAGUGUAUACUUGAAUUUUGUGUUGAUGCGCAACACAUGAUGCAACAGCAACGCAUUCUCGUACGCUUGUCAUGUCAAACGACCACGAUUAAAGCUCCGGAACCUCUUUAUUUCUUCUUCGCAACAUGCGUUGAUAUUUUUAUUUCCCGUACUAGCUAGGGAUAACAGUCUUUGUUUGUGGUUCACGGCGAAGUUGUCUUGCUGUCGGUCCAAGAAGCCUACACCAACUAACUGGCCGCCAACAUCCGGCAAACAUAUCAUGCGGCGGGCGGCCGGACGAUAUGUUCUUUCCCUGAAGCAUAUUAUCGUGGUUUGAAUUUGUUACCCCACUCUUACACAGUUUUUUUCCUGGAUAGUUUAACGCAUAUCCUCACAAAUACGGAGGCGCAGGCAACGAUCCAGACCUAGACGUAACCGGUGCAAAAGUAAUGUCGCGUGGGUCUGGCAAGUUGACGCACGCAGUUUCUUUCCGCUGAGUUGAUGGUUUUGGAUCUUCACACGCAUGCACGACUUUGCAAAUUAUAAUUGGUAUUACUAAUACAGAGUCAAACGAGGUUAUUUCCUCAUAGAAGCAGUCCGUCCAUGGCCGUGCAAGAAUCUACAAGCGUGUGCUAUUAUGCACCAGGUGUUGGAUGAAUCUCGACUCGCACUGAAGAUAUCGUUGUUCGUUGUAGUUCUUAGCCGAACGAAUGAUGAUCGACCGUGACAUGUUUGCACAGGAUAGCACGUCGAUCCAAGUCGCAUACUUGACGCAGACUGGAGCUCAUGGAAGGACGACUGGGGGGACGACUCGGAGAUGCCCGGGAACGAACGAGAAGAGGCCUUCAGAGCUGCGGUUGCGCACGUCGAAUACGGGGCCGUAACCCCAGGACCAGGACAUCUCAACACUGUGUGGAGCGGCAGCGACGUACUAUGAAUGGACAACAUACAAAAAGGCUUCAAUAACGUGUCGCGACGACUCAGGACCCAUUCUCGAUGACAGGCCGCGCAGUUUUCGUGAAGGGAGGGAGCAAAGUUGCGAAAAAUGUAGGGGCCACUUGCUUCCGAAACACUUGAAGCCGUUUUCAACACCAUAAACGCAUCAAAAUCCCCUUCAUUUUUCGUAACUCUGCCCCCAUUUUCCACGAAGACUACUGCGCGACUUGUCACGAAUGGAUCGCGACUCGUCGCAAAACGACAUUGAAGACUUUUUGUAUUUUUUCCUUUCAUACUAGAGCGACGCAGGGUCAGUAAUGAUGGAUAGUUCGUUCCACAACAUGAUUCACGGUGCUGGCCUUCCCGAUCCGGACACUGUGCCAGACGUGUCAGGACACACGAUCAACUCGGACGCGGACGUGGAGAACUACUACAAACACCUGACUGACUCACAAAAAGACGCAUUCGAGACCCUGCUGAACGACUACCUGGAUCGGCUCAAUCCGUCCAAGUACAAUGGCGGUCCCGGUAGUACCGACGUAGACGUCGACGUCGACCCGGGGCACCUCACUGGCGACAGGGGCGACCAGUGGCGCGACGACUGGUUCCCGGCCUGGCCCUCCGGAAGUACCGAAGAUCAAGAUCGGAAAGCCCUUUACAACGCUGCCGUGGCGCACGUGAAAGACGGCAAAGUAGCCGACGGUGCUCAUCCAAAUCUGUACGAAAACCCGACGGAUUUCGGCGUGGCCCUCGAUCGAAUGGUACACAAAGCGGGGCUGCCAGACCCGAGUCCCCAGCACCUGAACUCGGCUGCCAGCGUGCGAGCCUACGGCAAUAACCUACUGGCCGAUGAUGGUACAACAUCGGACACAAAGUCGGCCGCGUUCGCGACGCUGUUGAACGACUACCUGGAUCAGGCAGAUUCUGACAAAUACGAGGGCGAUCCGGAUAUUGAUGUAUCCGGUGCAAAAAAUCUGUCAGACGGGCCGGACAAGAACGACAAUUGAGCCUAGACAUCUGACACAGGUCUUUAUCUACUUUGCUGUUCUGGCGGUUUUGGAUCAGCAGGGACGACAUGCACUACAUGCACAACGAAGAUUUUGCAGAUUCUUGAGGUAGUGAAGUUGAAAGAUAAAGGCUUGUUGUGCAUAGAGCGGUCUGCGCAUGCAAGAUGAAAGAACUACAGGUGGGACAGAAAGAGACUGAGGACGCGUCGUAAGCAUCCAAUGGAGUAGCAGCAGGUUGUGGCUGCUCAAGUUUCAUGCCUGUAUACAUCAGAUGUUGAAACCAAAAUAGUACAGAUUUGCUUUAAAUCAAUUGUCGUGUGGUUCAUUUAUUUUAGCCGGAUAGAACAAGAUCGUUCCUUCCUGACACGAUCUUUUCCCUGGAUAAAACGUCGAUCCAAGCCACAUCCUCGCAACAGACUGGACCGCAUGGAAAACCCACUGGGACACCCACUUGCAUGGGCACGAGGGGAAGCAAGAACAGGCCUUCGCGCAUGCCGUGGCGCAUGUCCAUAACGGCGCUGUCGUGGGUGCUGACAAACAAGUCGACACUGCGUGGAACGCCGGCUUUCAUCACGCGUUCAACAACAUGAUUCACGCUGCUGGCCUUCCCGAUCCGGACACUGUGCCGGACGUGUCAGGACACAUGAUCAACUCGGACGCGGACGUGGAGAACUACUACAACCACCUGAGUGGAACACAAAAAGACGCGUUCGAGACCCUGCUGAACGACUACUUGGACAACGUGGAUUCCGAGAAAUACAAUGUGGAUCCCGACGUAGACGUCGACCCGGGCCAUCUCACUCACGACGACACCGAUCAGUGGGACCAGUGGAAAGGCGCUUGGCCGCUCAGCGACACUAGCUAUGCUGUGCAAAAGUAUCGCACUCGUAGUAAUUGCAGAUAUGCAUGACAAAUCUUCCGCCUAAACUAAAACAGCAUUUACAAAUCCCACUUUUCUUCUUGCCAAAAUUUGUAUUGCGAUUUAUACUAGUACGUUACUUUUGCAAUGCAUACUAACACUCGCAAAACCAUUUUCGAUGCGGCAGUGGAGCACGUGAAAGACGGUAACGUAAAGCCCGGUGCCGCUUCAAACCUCUACGUUCCGUCGUCGCACCCGUUCACCACCGCGUUCGACAACAUGAUCCACGAGGCCGGGUUGCCGGAUCCGGGUCUCGACACAAAGCAUGUAGACGGAUCCGGGUCUCGACACAUGCAGAUUGUAUGCAAUGCAAAAGCAUCGUACUAGUAUAAAUAAUAAAUUGCAUUACAAAUUGUCCCAGCAUUACAAAUUGAGACUUGUAAUGCUGAUUUCGCUUGGAAAAGAGAUGCAUGACGUCGCCUCGGUAGUGUCGUGGCCUCGGUACGCCACUACAAGUUGGCGCACCGAGGCUAGAACAAGUUUCUUCAGGACGCGCAUACAAAAUGGCGCACCGAGGCCAAAAAUGCCAGUUUUUCGGAGUGGCCGCCUCGGUGCACCGAGGCGGACGGCCUCGGUACGCCAAAUUGUACUCGGGAAUAAAGCAGCAGACGGGCGGAACACAGCAACAGAAAUGGAAAAAAGCGCUCGGGGCGCGGCGGUGCCAAGAUUGGUUUUUUUUGGGGUGGGACGGUGAGACACGUGAAACAAAUUCGCUGCUGGUGCCGUGCGUCCGAGGUAGUGCUCGUCGCGCGACGCCGCGAGCAGAAGCGCCCGCGGAAGGCAGGGGGCGACGCAGGCGCGGGCGUGUGCGAAGCGAAAAAACGCACGCGGGGGGGGGGACCGGGGGCCCAUCGGCUAAUUCGCGAGGCCACGCGCGCGGGCCUUGGUGGGCAGAAAAACAAAACCCGUACCCUGGCGCGCGUCCGAGGGCAAGGUAAAAAACGCAGGAGGCGAAGGCGCCGGCGCCACCUGGGAAAGGCGUGCGAUGGGACGUUUUUGCGCGCCGCCUCGGUGCGCCAAAAUGUAUUGUGAAGGCGCGCCGCUACAAUACCAAUUUUGUAGGUGGGCAAAAAGACAUAUUUGGGCGGGCUCGGUGCUGCCAUACGUUACAAACCGCACCGGGCUCGGUGCUGCUUUUUGGCGGGUUUUCUCAAUGAAAAAGGCGCGAAAAUUGUAACGCCCCACAUACGAUUUGCCGUGCCGAGUCGUAUGUGCGUACCUAGGCCACGUCAUGCAUAAAUGCAAUUACUACGAGCGCGAUACUUUUGCAAAGGAUAGAUUUCCAGUGAUGACGACGUGGAGAACUACUACAAACACCUGAGUGGAACACAAAAAGACGCAUUCGAGACCCUGCUGAGCGACUACUUGGACAACGUGGAUUCCGAGAAAUACAACGGGUCUCCCGACCUCGACGUCGACCCGGGCCACCUCACUGACGACGGCACGGAGCAGUGGGACCAGUGGAAAGACGCUUGGCCCAGCGACACUGACAAUCGGAAAAUCAUGUACGACGCUGCCGUGGCGCACGUGAAAGGCGGUGAAGUAACCGACCCUCAACAUGGGUUGUUCCCGUGGGCAAUUCACUUCUCGCAGCAUGGAGUUCCGACCCCCAAUCGGUACGAAUACCCGACGGAUUUCGGUGAGGCCCUCGAACGGAUGGUACACGGCGCGGGGCUGCCAGACCCGAGUCCCCAGCACCUGAACUCGGCUGCCAGCGUGCGAGCCUACGGCAAUAACCUACUGGCCGGUGGUACUGGGGGUGAAGCAAAGUACAACGCCUUCGCGACGCUGUUGAACGACUACCUGGAUCAAGCAGAUUCUGGCAAAUACGAGGGCGAUCCGGAUGUUGAUGUAUCCGGUGGAAAAAAUCUGUCAGACGGGCCGGACAAGAACGACAAUUGAGCCUAGACAUCGCACACAGGUCUUUAUCUAAGUACUUUGCUGUUCUGACGGUUUUAGAUCAGCGGGGACAUGCACUACAUGCACAACGAAGAUUUUGCAGAUCAUGGAGGUAGUGAAGUUGAAAAGGAUAAAGGCUUGUUGUGCAUAGAACGGUCUGUGCAUGCAAGAUGAAAAAACUACAGGUGGGACAGAAAGAGACUGAGGACGCGUCGUAAGCAUCCGAUAGAGUAGCAGCAGGUUCGUUGUGGCUGCUCUAGUAGUUUCAUGCAUGUAUGGAUACGACAGAUGCUGAAACCAAAAUAGUACAGAUCUAUUUGAUCAGUUGUCGUGUGGUUCAUUCGUACGAUCUACUUUAUCAAUUGUCGCACGUUUUUUCUACCCAGCUAAAAUGAUUUUAGCCGGAUAGAACAAGAUCGUCCCUUCCUGACAUGAUCUUUUCCCUGGAUAACACGUCGAUCCAAGCCACAUCCUCGCAACAGACUGGACCGCAUGGGACACCCACUUGCAUGGGCACGAGGGGAAGCAAGAACAGGCCUUCGCGCAUGCCGUGGCGCAUGUCCAUAACGGCGCUGUCGUGGGUGCUGACAAAGUCGACACUGCGUGGAACGCCGGCUUUCAUCACGCGUUCAACAACAUGAUUCACGCUGCUGGCCUUCCCGAUCCGGACACUGUGCCGGACGUGUCAGGACACAUGAUCAACUCGGACGCGGACGUGGAGAACUACUACAACCACCUGAGUGGAACACAAAAAGACGCGUUCGAGACCCUGCUGAACGACUACUUGGACAACGUGGAUUCCGAGAAAUACAAUGUGGAUCCCGACGUUGACGUCGACCCGGGCCAUCUCACUCACGACGACACCGAUCAGUGGGACCAGUGGAAAGGCGCUUGGCCGCUCAGCGACACUAGCUAUGCUGUGCAAAAGUAUCGCACUCGUAGUAAUUGCAGAUAUGCAUGACAAAUCUUCCGCCUAAACUAAAACAGCAUUUACAAAUCCCACUUUUCUUCUUGCCAAAAUUUGUAUUGCGAUUUAUACUAGUACGUUACUUUUGCAAUGCAUACUAACACUCGCAAAACCAUUUUCGAUGCGGCAGUGGAGCACGUGAAAGACGGUAACGUAAAGCCCGGUGCCGCUUCAAACCUCUACGUUCCGUCGUCGCACCCGUUCACCACCGCGUUCGACAACAUGAUCCACGAGGCCGGGUUGCCGGAUCCGGGUCUCGACACAAUGCAUGUAGACGGAUCCGGGUCUCGACACAUGCAGAUUGUAUGCAAUGCAAAAGCAUCGUACUAGUAUAAAUAAUAAAUUGCAUUACAAAUUGUCCCAGCAUUACAAAUUGAGACUUGUAAUGCUGAUUUCGCUUGGAAAAGAGAUGCAUGACGUCGCCUCGGUAGUGUCGUGGCCUCGGUACGCCACUACAAGUUGGCGCACCGAGGCUAGAACAAGUUUCUUCAGGACGCGCAUACAAAAUGGCGCACCGAGGCCAAAAAUGCCAGUUUUUCGGAGUGGCCGCCUCGGUGCACCGAGGCGGACGGCCUCGGUACGCCAAAUUGUACUCGGGAAUAAAGCAGCAGACGGGCGGAACACAGCAACAGAAAUGGAAAAAAGCGCUCGGGGCGCGGCGGUGCCAAGAUUGGUUUUUUUUGGGGUGGGACGGUGAGACACGUGAAACAAAUUCGCUGCUGGUGCCGUGCGUCCGAGGUAGUGCUCGUCGCGCGACGCCGCGAGCAGAAGCGCCCGCGGAAGGCAGGGGGCGACGCAGGCGCGGGCGUGUGCGAAGCGAAAAAACGCACGCGGGGGGGGGGACCGGGGGCCCAUCGGCUAAUUCGCGAGGCCACGCGCGCGGGCCUUGGUGGGCAGAAAAACAAAACCCGUACCCUGGCGCGCGUCCGAGGGCAAGGUAAAAAACGCAGGAGGCGAAGGCGCCGGCGCCACCUGGGAAAGGCGUGCGAUGGGACGUUUUUGCGCGCCGCCUCGGUGCGCCAAAAUGUAUUGUGAAGGCGCGCCGCUACAAUACCAAUUUUGUAGGUGGGCAAAAAGACAUAUUUGGGCGGGCUCGGUGCUGCCAUACGUUACAAACCGCACCGGGCUCGGUGCUGCUUUUUGGCGGGUUUUCUCAAUGAAAAAGGCGCGAAAAUUGUAACGCCCCACAUACGAUUUGCCGUGCCGAGUCGUAUGUGCGUACCUAGGCCACGUCAUGCAUAAAUGCAAUUACUACGAGCGCGAUACUUUUGCAAAGGAUAGAUUUCCAGUGAUGACGACGUGGAGAACUACUACAAACACCUGAGUGGAACACAAAAAGACGCAUUCGAGACCCUGCUGAGCGACUACUUGGACAACGUGGAUUCCGAGAAAUACAACGGGUCUCCCGACCUCGACGUCGACCCGGGCCACCUCACUGACGACGGCACGGAGCAGUGGGACCAGUGGAAAGACGCUUGGCCCAGCGGCACUGACAAUCGGAAAACCAUGUACGACGCUGCCGUGGCGCACGUGAAAGGCGGUGAAGUAACCGACGAUCAAAAUCGUAAUCUGUACGAAAACCCGACAAAUUUCGGCGAGGCCCUCGAACGGAUGGUACACGGAGCGGGGCUGCCAGACCCGAGUCCCCAGCACCUGAACUCGGCUGCCAGCGUGCGAGCCUACGGCAAUAAGCUACUGGACGACGCUGUUACACCGGAAGCAAAGUACAACGCGUUCGCGACGCUGUUGAACGACUACCUGGAUCAGGCAGAUUCUGACAAAUACGAGGGCGAUCCGGAUAUUGAUGUAUCCGGUGCAAAAGAUCUGUCAGACGGGCCGGACAAGAACGACAAUUGAGCCUAGACAUCUGACACAAGUCUUUAUCUACUUUGCUGUUCUGGCGGUUUUGGAUCAGCAGGGACAUGCACUACAUGCACAACGAAGAUUUUGCAGAUUCUUGAGGUAGUGAAGUUGAAAAAGAUAUAGGCUUGUUGUGCAAGUGCAUAGAACGGUCUGUGCAUGCAAGAUGAAAGAACUACAGGUGGGACAGAAAGCGACUGAGGACGCGUCGUAAGCAUCCGAUAGAGUAGCAGCAGGUUCGUUGUGGCUGCUCUAGUAGUUUCAUGCCUGUAUGGAUACGACAGAUGCUGAAACCAAAAUAGUACAGAUCUAUUUGAUCAGUUGUCGUGUGGUUCAUUUUAGCCGGAUAGAACAAGAUCGUCCCUUCCUGACAUGAUCUUUUCCCGGGAUAACACGUCGAUCCAAGCCACAUCCUCGCAAAAGACUGGACCGCAUGGAAAACCCACUUCGACGAGUCCUUGCAUGGGCACGAGGGGAAGCAAGAACAGGCCUUCGCGCAUGCCGUGGCGCAUGUCCAUGACGGCACGGUCGAUAACGGCAAAGUCGACACUGCGUGGAACGCCGGCUUUCGUCACGUGUUCAACAAUAUGAUCCUGGAAUCUGGUCUACCGGAUCCCGACGGCGUUUUAGAUCAUGACGGAAAAAUGAUCAACAGUAAUGACGACCUGAAGGAGUACUACAAUCACCUGGAGACUAUAGACGGCAAAGCGAAAUUCGAAACCCUCUUAAACAACUAUCUGGACGCAACCGACGAGGCGCGUUACAAGGAGGGAGUCGAUGUGGACGUCGAUCCGGCCCACUUGCCGGGUGACUUUUUUGACCAACUGGAUCACUUUACCUGGGACGAUUCUCUCCCAAGCAGAACCAAGUACGACACCGUGUUGAAGGAUCUGGAUACUAGCAAGAACCUGCACCAUUCGAUUUUCGAAUCCGACGACGACCACAGUGUGCUGAAGGAACUCGGUUUGGAACUGCCAGGAAAAUACGACGACUUCUGGACGCACGAAUCGAGCCCGAAAAACAACAAGAUCAUCGACAGCAAUGACGUAUGCUGGAGUUCUCAACUGUUACAUUCUCAACUUUUACAUGAAUUUGUAAUGCAAGAAUGGCAAAAGUCAAAGAGGGGAGGCUGAUGCACCUGUAGCAUGACGAAUACCGCACAGAAGUAGUCGCUGUUUAGCCUUUCUCUAUAUCUGUCAUGCGAAGCAGCUUGACUGUGUGGAACAAAAUGUUGACGCUCAUUUUGCAUGACAAAUCAUGUAGCAGUUGAGAAUGCAACAUUUGAGAAUCCCAUAUGACGACAUCCAGAAGUGUAUCCUGUUCAAAGACGUCUCCACUCCAGAGUCAAUGUGAAGAUGGGGGUUGUAGUUGUGCUUGUGCAUGUCGUGCUUCACAAAUCAAGAAGCUGUGCGAAAUCCGCAUGACAUCAAGCUUGGACUACAGUUCUUAGGUGAACUGUGGUCAUCUUCGUGCUUGGCGACAAAGCCGUAUCACAAAAAAGCGAUCACCUCAUAGUUUAUAUAGAGACAAAAAUAACUCUGACGCGCUAGCGUGUUUGAAGAGGAUAGAGCACUACGAGUGGCUGGGACAGCACCCGUAUCCACUGCAAAUAUGUCUGGGUGUGGAAGAAUGCAGAUGACAGUUGUCAUGCAGGUUUUAUUCCAUGAUGACCACGCAUGAGGUCUGGAACGAAUUAUGCAGGUGGACCUAGCAUGAAAAAUUCUGUGAGAUCCGUAUCGUGCCCCCUGUCCAUGAGAAACUCAGUCUGAACUUGGUCAAAAGUGGACAAUGUUUGCUGUUGAUCAUGCAACACAGAUUUUAUUUUGCACGGUUCAGACGUAGCAUGACAAGUUCGCAUCCUUCCAGACCCGGAUGAAAAUGAAAUAUUUGCAAUGCAUAAUCCGGACCCGAGUGGUAAGCACACCGGGGCGGACAAGCAGGACAUUCUGGAGGCCUUCGUCAACAAAUAUCUGGAAGACGCGGAGAACUCUGACGUCGAUAUGGCGUUCUCAACUGUUACAUUUUCAACUGUUACGCGGAUUUGUCAUGCAAAAUUGCCAUCAGCCUCCACUUGAUCAAGGUGCUUAGUAUGACAAAUUUUCGAAGGGCUAAGCAGCAUGAUGAUCUGUGGAAAGUCUGUGAUGCGAAAGCUGCAAUAUUGCCACUUUCGCUGUUGCUGUUCUUGCAUUACAAAUCCAUGUAACAGCUCUGAAUGUAACUUUUGAGAAUGCCAUAGUUGAGGGCAAAAAAUUCGACUUGGGCAGCAUCGGGGAGCGCUGGAAUCACCAAGGGUCGGAACAUAUCAAAUGCAAAAGUGUCUGGGUCUGGAAGAUUCUAAACUUGUAAUGCUGUCUCUGGAUUUUUCUAAAAAAGUUUGUAUUGCAACAUGAUCAGCAAGAGGACUCCAGUUUGUGCUACGCGGAAAGGGCAUUUCUCAUGCGGUAGAGGCAUCACAAAGUCCUCUAGAAAUCUGUGAUGCUAGGGCAUGCAUCACAGACAUCAUGGAUCAUUCAAAAUAUACAUGACAAACCUGGCAAUCUUCCAGUCUCAGACAUUUUUGCAGUUGAUAGAACACGAGGCCACCGGCAAAGGUCACGUCGACCUGAAUAAGGUACUGGAAGACCACUAUUUCGUGCGCGCAACUAAAGAUAGCGAUGGGUUGGAUCCUGUAGUCGACGCAGCUACGCCUGCUCCUGUCGCCAACCUGCUGGGCCCCCCAUAUCCUGUGUUAAAACGUACCCGCGCGGCCGUACUUGUGAUGCAAAUCUGGGAUAAUGAUUGCCCCGAAGAGCAGGGGAAGUAAAGUAUAUAAAUAUUUCUUUUGGCAUUGGCUCUGUCGGAGAGGCACUUUGUCAUGGCGUUUUGGAAGUUGUCAUGUUGAACUCAUCCGCAUAGAGGAACAGGUAGAUUUUUUAUGAUGUGAAGCUGCCAUCCGCGUCGAGAUGAAUACGAGGGAAAAUUCUGGCGCAAGCCAAACUUUGUCAUGCAACAUGGCCCGCGAAGUCAGUGGAAGGUGCAACUUUGGCUGCUCCUUGACUCGUUUAGUUUGCCGAGUUUCAUCAGUCUUGAGGUUUUGACGCCGCGGGUACGUUUUUUCUCAGGAGGCAACGCUGCGUGUGUUAUGCAUUGCAAAAGUAUCGUACUCGUAUAAAUGCAUUACAAAUUAUUUCCUCAGUGUGAGAAAUAAAAUUUGUAAUUCGAAUCUGCCUUGGCAAGAUGAUUUGUAAUGCACGACUGCAAUACGAGUACGAUACUUUUGCACAGGAUAUGUGUUUGGCAAGGACCAUUUGACGGACGACUUGCACUUGGGGAAAGUCCCGGAAACUGGAAUCCAUGGCGCAAUCGACACCAACGACGUAUGGAUUGCAAAAAUGUCUGGGUCUGGAAAGUUGGAACUUGUGAUGCUGCAUUUGGAUUCUAAAAAAAUCUGUAUUGCAUGAGCAGCAAAGAGAGUCCAAAUUUUGCUACACGGAAAGAGCAUUUGUCAUGCGGUAUAGGCAGCAGGAAGCCCUCACAAAAUCUGUGAUGCUAGGGCAUGCAUCACAGACAUCAGGAGUCAUGCAAAAUGUGCAUGACAAACCUUGGAUCCUUCCAGACCCAGACAUUUUUACAUUUCAUACGACGAAAUCAAGACAUACUACAACUCGUUGGACGCAUAUGAGACUGCACAAGAACUCCCCCUCCCCCUCAUUUGUAAUGCAAAAUACCAAUGUCACACCUUGCACUUGCUCGUAAGCACUGUUAGCAUGACAAAUUUUGGAAUUGGAACCUCAAAUAAUACAACUACAAUCCGCAUGCAGAUUCGUCAUGCGAAAGUCCCUUUUCUGCUGUUGCCUGUGUUGCUGUUCAUGCCAUACAAAUGAGGGGGAGGGGGAGUUGAAGUUGUGCACUCUCAUAACGCCGAUGAUAAGAUAAAGUUCGAAACGUACGUGAACAACUUCCUAGACAAGACGGAACCGGUAUCCAGUGCAAAAGUAUCGCACUCGUAGUAAUUGCAAAUAUGCAUGACAAAUCUUCUUCCUAAGGUAAAACAGCAUUACAAAUUCCAUUUCAAAUGCUGAGCAAAUUUGUAUUGCGAUUUAUACUCGUGAGAUACUUUUGCAAUGCAUAACCGGAGGUGUUCGGCAAAGCGGAAAAGAAGGACGUCGACGUCUCUUUGGCCCUAUUCGAAGACGACGCGUACCCGGAUAAGCUGUUGAAGGGCCACCCGGAAGACAGCAGCAUUGCGAGGCCCAUCAAUUGGAAGCACGACUUCAACGACUGGAAAGCUGUACACCUGUUAUCAACUGUAAAAAUGUCUGGGUCUGGAAGAAAGCAUGUUUGUCAUGCUUGUCUAGCAUAACAAACUCUUAAAUCUGUCAUGCACGUUGCCCAAGAGCCGCAUUUUUCUGUCAUGCGGAGACGCAAUUUGUCAUGCAGAAUAAGCAACACCUACAAGCUCAGAGGUUUGUCAUGCUGAGCCAACACGUGUGGCCUCCUCAUGCUACGCCACUCAGCAUUACAAGUUUCCAGACCCAAACACUUUUGCAUUUGAUACCUGUCCGCGGGGAACGACGCUUUCAAGGCCGAGACGUCGCAUCCAAACCUCGGCCCUCCGCCAGUGUUUUCGAAGGAAGUUCUUUCUGACCCCGGUGCGAUGAACUUGCCAUGGCCAACCGAUGACGAGCUAUCCCGGAGCAAAAAGUUACCAUGGUGCCACCAGAUUUGUGUAUAGACAUCUGUUUUUCAAAAUACCUAAUUGUAAUGCAUUUUUACAGUGAUGCCGCAAAAAUGAAUUCGCAAUCCGAAUCCACAGCGGGCUGCGGAGGAUAAGCAGAUGGGAUCUUUUUCAUUUCUGCAUUCACAUAUGUUCAGCUAACUAGGCCUUUUCUCUGGGAUACUCUCUGUUAAAGAAAGACAUCACUCUGCCGAUUGAUACCAACGACGAGAUUCAGGCCUACUGGGAAUUCUUGCGAGGCAAGGACGACACAUCUGGCUCCCCCGCCACUCACCAUGCAGACACAUUCCAAAGCUACGUGAACAAUUUUCUGGACCAGGCGGAUCCAGACACUUACGCGGCCAGUCCGGACGACGUGGAUGUGGACGUGAGCACCAUCGGAGAAGAUAAGGGAUUCUCAAAUCGGUCACCUUCUCAACCGUUAGUACAUGAUGAUUUUUGGUCAGGCAAAAUUACCACCAUCAGAAUGAUCGGCGCGAUCAAGCUGCUACACAUGGCAAAUUCUCGAAGGUUGGCAAAACAGGCUGUAGAUCUGCACCAAGUUUAAUAUCUGUUACGCAAGACGCGCAAGGUGGUCCCCCCUUUCACAUUUAUUGAGUGUGCGUGAAGAUCAUUUAUGAGAUCAUUCGGUUUAUUGCCGUUGGCUGUUUUCGAUAUAUCCCUAUUGCACUUUACAAACGCCUCUUCCGUACUUGAUUUCGACUUGCUCGUGCAUUUAUACCUCUAUAUACGCUCUGUCGCAUCUAUACCUCGAUCGUCUUUCGAAUCGCUCUCGUUUACUUUCUCUACGUCCAAUUCGUCCGCUCGUCAUUUAUCGCUGCUCGUACGGGUCGUAACGUAUCAUCUUUUCUCGAUCGGGUUUUCGCUUAAUACUUUCAUAAUGCAUCGGUCCUUACGAUCCAAAUUCCUUGAUCCCCGUUUGUGUGCGUGUUGUGGUUUUGCUUUCCUCUUCCGACUCUUUUCCCCCAACACGUUAAAGCGGUGAGUGCAUGGAUGGUGGAGCCGGCGCCUGUAACCGCCAUGUACACUGGGAUCACCGUUUUAAGCGAGCACUAAAGUUUUCCUUGCCACUUAGGGCUACUUUUCCCAAAGCAGCGUGGUUCGGAUUCUUUGGACGUUACAGGCAGAAGUGUUGUCCCCCCUCCAUCUCUCUGUUGCGUUGUUACUUCUUGUUCUUCCGUCUCUGCAACUAAGAUCUAGAACCAACCAAAUUUUAUUGCCAUUCUUGCAUCACAAAUUCAACAUGCAACGGUUGAGAAUGUACUAACAGCUGAGAACGCCAUAGACGACGACAAGGUCGUUGGUUUGGGGGGCGAGGACCAGCCGGAAAACGCGGAGGACUUCUGGACCAAGAAGUACACGCAGUGGCUGGACACCGAUGACGAUGAAUCGGGGCCCCACAGAGACAAGCUUGCUGACUUGACGACGGCGACGGGAAAGGCCAGUCCGGGUUAUUUGGCAAAGAAGGACACGGACGAGAUAUCCUGUGGAAAAACGUCCAGCCCGCACCCCCCAUAGUACAAGUCAUGCAAAUCUGCAUGGUGAGAAUGUCUAUCAUGCGGAGCCCAAUGAGACGCAAUUAUUUCUAGUGCUGUUUGAAAUUUGUGAUGCUACAAUCAGCAUGAGAUGCAAGAUUUGUGAUGCUACUCCACUAGCUAAUCCUGAUUACAUUGCGAGCCCAAUAUUAAACUUGUCAUGCGCAACAACCUACCGAAGCCUUCUGAUUUGUCUUGCAGAUUAUUUCCCAACUUGACUACGACUAUGGGGCCGUGGGGACCACGCUUUUACAUAUGAUACGGGAAUCUACCCCCGAUCGAGCUGCUUUCCAAGGAAGUUCUGGAGGAUUUGGGCCUGCCCGCUCCGGACCACACGGCUGGCGAGCAGCAUCCUGCGGCUUCAGGUUUCAUUGAAGGCCACGACGACAUCAUCAACUCGCAGACAGAGGCGGAAAGCUACUACGACCACCUGACGGACAAGGAAAAAUUGAAGUUGCUCACGUUUGUGGACCCGUUCUUGGACGAGGUUACAACUACUGCUGCACCACCAGCAGUUCCUGCUCCGCCUUCUGCGUUACCGGACAUGCCGACGGGAGAAUCCUGGAAUUCGCUCAUUUACUCGAAGACAAUGACCGGGCAGCCUGACAUUGCCGACGAUUUUGAGGAAACGCUGAACGCAAACUUCCAGUCCCAGAACAACUUCCAGUCCCAGCACAUGCCCGGCAUCGCCGCGAACCCGGCCGAAACGGCGGCGCUGGUGGACGAAAUCAACAAGGCCCGCGCCGCCGGAAGUGCACUGCCGAAACCGGACUUCGGUCUAUUCCUCACAGAGGAGGAGUGGCAAGAUUACGUGUCAAACAAAAUGAGCGACUUGACCACGGUAUGCAUUGCAAAAGAAGUAUGGUUAUAGUUGUAUCUAUAAAUUGCAAUACAAAUUGGAUCAGCAUUACAAAUUGAAUUUGUAAUGCGGAUUUGCCUUAAGAUCGAGAUUUCUAAUGCACGACUGCGACGAGUACAACGAGUGCGAUACUUUUGAUGCAAUUCAUACACGGAGCAAGCGGGUGACCUGCACGAAGUGGUGAAGGCCCAUUUAUUACAAUGAAAAAUGCCCCCACCCCCGAACUACUUGGGAGCAUUUGUAUUGCAAACCGUUUCAAAUGAAACAUUCGCCCUCUUGCAUCUAUCAGCAUCACAGGUUUGCGAUCGUGAAUAGCAAAAAUUUGCAUUGCAAAAGACCCCAGCAAGAGCGGCGCUUGUCAUGCAAGCGGUGCGAUACACGCCUAGACUCUACUGCAUCCAUCAGAAAGAUUCAUACUCCUUUCAUGCACGACAAAAAGUUUUCAUUUGGAAACUGCGCAUCACAAAUAUUUGCAAUUUCAGGGGAGGUGGGGGGCACUUUUCACUGUAAUACGAUUUGCGCGACGAUCACACGUCGUGGACGGAUCACGAGCUGGAUACCAAGUUACUAUCCUGUGCAAAAGUAUCUGAUACUCGUAUUGCAAUCAUGCAUUUACAAACCUUUUUUUAAAGGUAAAUCCGCAUCACAAAUUUUCUUUCUCAUCAUGUUGGGGAAGUUUGCAAUGCAUUUAUACAAGUAUCGGAUACUUUUGCAGUUCAUAGUUACCGGAACGCAUCGACGUGUUUCCCCUGGUAUCAAACGUAAAAAUGUCUGGGUCUGGAAGAACGCAACUUGUCAUGCUAAAUCUGAAGCAUGCAAAAAUCUGUGUUGCAUGAUUGCCAAAAGUCGUCCUGUUUUGACCAAGUCGGGAGGGAGUUUCUCAUGCAGGAUAGGCAUGAGAGAGAUCGCGCAGAAUCUGUCAUGCUAGGUCCUGCAUUCCAGGCUUCAUGGGUCAUGGAAAAGCUGCAUGACAAGUCGCGCAUUCUUCCAGACCCAGACAUUUUUACAUUUGAUACCUGGAAAAUUUGAGCGACACGGAAAAAACCGCUUAUUAUGAAAAGCUUGCGAAGGCCAUUCCGGAUUUGAAACUGGAAGAAAACGCGUGGAAAAACAAACUGGGAAAGCUUGACAACAGCGCGGACCUGCAUGACUUUUUUUUGGAAAACUUCCCCUCGACGCCGAUAUCGGCCGAAGAGAAAGAAGACUUUGUGCGGAUUAUCAAAAGGAAAUAAAAUGCCCCAUGAUCCCCAUACUCCAAGGCAGAUUUGUGUAGCAUGAUUUGUGAUCACAAAAAAUCGCGUUGUCAUGUUAGAAGGGAAGUAGAGAUGCGGAUUGCAGUGCUGGCUGGCCUGGGCGGAAAGCCUUGCGUCUUCAGCAUGACAGGAAGCAACUGGAAACGCGAAACAGCAUGACAAAUUGGCUGCAAAUAACGAGGGGGGCAGGUGCGUCUUUUGGCCUUCUAGCAAUACAAGUCGACUUGUGAUCACAAACCAGCAUCACAAAUUUGCUUUUCGAUAUGGGCGGGAGGGGGAAUAGAAUUUUUCCUUACGAUACGGAUCACCGAGGAACACCUGGGCCAGAACACGCAGUACUUCGAAAACGUAUGAACUGCAAAAGUAUCGUACUCGUAGUAAUUGCAGUCAUGCAUUGCAAAUCUCUUCUCUAAGGCAAAGGUGCAUUACAAAUUUUAUUUCUCAUGCUGAGGAAAUUUGUCAUGCGAUUUAUACUAGUACGAUGCUUUUGCAUUUCAUAAAACGCUAUUCCCGGAGAUCUGCGGGGCCACGACGGCACAGACCCCUUAUGGAUUGCAAAAGUGUCUGGGUCUGGAAGAAUGCAGAAGUUUGUCAUGCAGAUUUUGCAUAACCCAUGAGGUCUGCGACGCAUGCCCUAGCAUCAGAGAUUUUGCGAGGGCUUUCUGAUGCUCAUACAGCAUGAGAAAUGCCCUCUCCGCGUAGCACAAAUUACACCUGUUGGCUCUUUUGCUGUUCAUGCAAUUACAGAUUUUAUGUAGAGUCCAAAGGUAGCAUCACAAGUUGCAUCCUUCCAGACCCUGACACAUUUGCAUUUGAUACCCCUUUCCGCUGAACGAAGUCGAAGGGCAGGGGUUGAAAGCCGCCAUCCACGACACAGCGGGCAAGUUACCGGCCCUGGGUUUGAACCAGCAGCAACAACUCACGCGCGAGGAUUGGCUGACUUACGUGAAGGGGCUAUCGAGCUCGCAGAGGGCCGAACUGACGUCGAUGCUGUAUGCAUUUUUGCAAAAGUAUCGUACUAGUAGAAACCGCAUGACAAAUUUCUUCAACAUGAAAAAUGAAGUUUUUUGUCAUGCUGAUUGACCUACUUGGGAAUCAGAUUUGUAAUGCACGAUUCGAUUGCAGUUAGUACGAAUAGGAUACUUUUGCACAGCAUAUGCUGCCGAGGAUUAAAGGAGAAACCCUCGCAAAUAUCGUGAGAAAAAACUGUCUCAGUCGCAAACCUUUGCAGACUUAGCAAUACAAAUUUGCACAGCAUGUCACGCAAAACUUGUGAUGCGUCCGACACAAGAAGGGAAAACACGUAGAGAAAACGACUUUCUUGCAUAUUAUCGAGCAUGACAAAAAACAGUCUACUCAAGGAAGUUGCGCAUUACAAGUUGAGACCCCUGACACAGUUUUUUCUUGCGAUAGCGUGCGGUGAUCAAUACUCACACCUGUUUGACACAAGCGAAAUUGCGGGGAUGACGACGGGGGAGAACUUAUUAUGCACUGCAAAAGUAUCGUACUCCUACUCGUAUAAAUGCAUAUACAGAAAAUUUCCUCAGUAUGAGAAAUAAAGAUUUCUAAUGCGGACUUUGCUUCAGAAAAAGAUUUGUAAUGCAUUCUUGCAAUUACCAGGAGCACGAUGCUUUUUCAGUGCAUACUUAUCCGGAGCAGAACAAACGUUCCCCCGCCCAUAGUCAACAAGCUGGGAAAUCUGCUAGACAAAUCAAUCAGCUUUGGUUGUUGCGCAUGACAAGUAGUUCUUUAGCGUCCUCGUAGUGGGCCAAUAAUGUUCAGCUUGUUCAGCAGCAUCUUCACAGAUCUAGCCUAUUACCAUGCUUGGAGCAUAACAAAUUCCAAAACACGACUAGAAAAAGCUUGUCAUGCGGCUCCGCAUGAGAAACAUUUUGAGCAUGCUGAAUUGCAUGACAACUAUGUUGGGGAGGGGACGUGUUUACAGAGGAUAGAACUUUCCAAAGGACUGGUUUCCAUUCGACGAUUAUCACAGCACAGAAAAAAGCAGGCACGUCACAUUUGUAAUGCAAAAACAUACACACAAAGAAAAUCUAAAUCUAAUUGCGGAUCGAUUCUAAACAGCAUCCUAUGGCGGGGCCGUCCAUGACAGUUUUUUCUGUGUAGCCUAGUAAUUCAUUUUUGCAUUACAGAUACCCCCUGCCUUGUUCUUUUUUCUCUUUUAUAACGAGUUGGCCAAUGGGUCUGGGGCGAGCGAGGAGCAAAUAGAGUUCCACAAACGGCUGCUAGACGGUCUGAAGGAUAAUGGACAUAUCCUGCCGGCGAACCUCGACACCAAGGAACAAUUUUUCAAGUUCUACCACCGAUUGUCACCAGGCGACCAAGACCGGUUGACCGAGAACAUAGAAGCUAUCCUGUGCAAAAGUAUCGUACUCGUACUAACUGUAACUGCAAUCAUGCAUUACAAAUUUUUUUCUGAAGCUGAAUCCGCAUUACAAACUUUAUUUAUCAUGCUGAGGAAAUAAUUUGUAAUGCAUUUUUUUAUACGAGUGCGAUACUUUAAGCACAGGAUAGAAGCCUAUGUCAAGCAAGUCGCGGACCCGCACCCGCUAUUGAGAGGAAAAAUCCCCCCUCCCCAUAUCGAAAAGGUAUCUCUCCGGAAAUUUCUGUUGCUGAUUUGAGGUCACAAAUCACGUCUGUCUUGCAAGAAGACAAGGGCAAAAGCUUCGCCCCCAUUAUGGAGGCGAUUUGUCAUGCUGUUGGGACUAAAGCGGAGCCGUUUGCCAUGCUGAACAACUAGACCGAUACGCCCCUGCAUAGUCUGGGGACCUGGCCGCGAUGCCUUCCUGCACUACAAAGCCAAUUUGUGUACACAAAUCCCGCAUCACAGAUUUACAUUUCGAUAUGGGGUGGGGGGAUUUUUCCUUUUGAUACCCGCAGCCCGUUGACUUUGAGGAAAUCGAUAUCCUGAGUAAAAACGUCCCCAUCCCAGAGUUGUCAUGCAAAUUUGCAUGCCAAAAAAGUUUCUCAUGCAAAGCCCCAUGAGAAGGUUUUUCUAGUCGCGUUUUGGGAUUUGUGAUGCUAGAAAUAGCAUGAUAUGCUAGAUCUGUGAUGCUGCUAAACUAGCUACUCAGGAUCAUGACACUACGAGCACAAACUUGUCAUGCGAAACAGCCAAAGUUGGCCGAUUUGUCUAGCAGAUUCUCUUUAUAGUAGACUAUUUCUUUUAUAGUAGAUCAUGAACGGCGCGAGCACCUUUUAAACCCCCCCAGCCGUCCCAUAUUUGCAUGUGCGGGGAGUCUAAGUAACAUGGCUCGCCCGAGUCAUUGACGAACCGGGAAGAUGGGAGGUGGGGCUUACAGUCUUCAGACAGGCCAGCCGCCGUGAGGGACUACCGCCUCUGUUAUUGAGGAUAGCGUGUGUCCUCCUCGACUGAGUUGCGUGCGCGGCCCAUCCGUGUUCCGCGUAAACCUCUACAGGAGAGUGUACGCCGCGUCGAAAGGCUCCCUUCCGUACGGAGCGCCCCGAACCUUUUUUAGCGCACCUUUAUGAUGGCCUUACUGUUGAAAGGAUGGAGGGAGUUAAGUCAGUUUUUAGAACCCAGUCUGUUUAUGCUAGCAAAGGGCUAGUGCGCUGUGGACCCCCAGGAUCAGGUAGACGAGGUCCCAGACCGAAGUGGUAGGCGCUUAGGGUGAACUAUGUAUGUAGCGCUUAGGGCCCUUCCGUACGGCCAAUUUGUAUGCCCGCAACGGGGUUCGCCUAAGUCGGUCAUUUAUAUGCAAGGCGUUGGGUUACCCGGUCGGCAGAGCCGAUCCACAACGAACGAACGAACGAGAUUCUCCAUCUUGACUCUGGUACUAUGGGGACGUUUUUCCUCAGGAUGAUCGAAAGCGGCGCGCAGCCUCCAAUUGACUUUUCCAGUGAUGAACUACGCCCCGACGAUUCAAAAAACGCUGCACUGAAAAUAUGAAAUGCAAAAGCAUCGUCCUAGUAUAUUAAAUCGCAUGACAAAUUUCGUCACCAUGAGAAACAAAAAUUUGUAAUGCGGAUUUAACUUGAGAAAGAAAUUUGUAUUGCAUGAAUGCGACUACUACUACUAGUAGAAGUGCGAUACUUUUGCUAUCCAUAGAAAAAUGCGCUCACCGAUUUGACGGAGCACGUGGACAAGAUACCGGCUUGGAGGAAGCAACUCGACCUGACGUACGAUCGCGAAGUCGACGACAAGCUCCGCAACCUCGGCCUCAAAGUCGUCGCGGACCAUCCCGCACUUGCCGGAGCAGGAGCGGCAGGAUUGACCGUGGCGGGUGCUAUUGCGGGGAACAAGAAGAGAGCUGCUGACCGCGAUGUCGGGCCAGCCUUCCGGAUGAAGGACGUGAGCAAAGUCCGCCGGAAUAUAUGACAGUGCACAACUCCCCCUCACCCUCAUUUGUAUCGCAUGAACGGCAAUACCAGCCUAAGCAAGAAUGCCGGUUUUGCAUGACAAAUUUGCACUGGAGUGUAAGUAGUGCUAUUUGGGCAACCAGAACGUGUCAUGCAAACAGUGCUAAGAGUCAAAGGGUGGCUUGGGUAUUUUGCAUGACAAAUGAGGGGGAGGGGGAGUUGAGCACUGUCAUAGAACAAGAAUAAAGACGAGGAUCAUGAAGAAGGGGGCGGUGAUGAUGAUGAACUAGACCGCGAUAUUAGUACUAGUACCGCAAGAACAUCAAGUGGCACUACUUCCGGUGGGAAGAACAAGAAAAAGAAGAAAAAAAACACGUUGGGUUCAGCAGCAGCAGCAGCAGCUGCGUCUUCGAUGAUGCAAAAAACUACACGACGAUCCACAUGGUCUUCAACUUCAGCAUCUUCAAAACUGCCGGAAAGUAAUCAAGGUGAUGCACUAGCUGUAGCUCCUCCUCCUUCCUCUGUUCCUGCUGCAUCAACAGUGCGUGUUCAUUCAUCAUCCAGCGAAGAUGGACAUGUUGACAGUAGGGCGUCAACAUCCCUGUUAGAGGCGGAUGAGGUGGAAGCUCAUCUGCCGGGAACCGCGAGGAAUCAUCCGGUGAGCGGGACAGAGAACGAAGAGCAGCAUCUUAAUCCUGCACCUGGUCAACAUCAACAUGAAGAAGUACAAGUGGCUGAAGCGGGGUCUAGUACAACAGCUCCCCAUGUCGGCGAACCUGAUCUUCCUGGAGCGGGUCCCGAUGAACGUGGUAAAAGUCGGUUCUUGCAACAAGAAGAAAUAGCAGCAGCUGCAAAAAAUGAAGUAGCAACCGCAAAACUCACUGUAGCUGCACCAGCUGAGGUCGUGGUACAACAACGACAAGCUGAAACUGCACACGUACAAGUAGAUGCGGAACGAGAAGAGGCUGUUCCUGUUGAAGAAGACUUGACACCUGCCACCAGUUUUUUGCUGACCACCUUUUCCUCCACUGGAGCGGCCACGGUGGAGGAAGCUCCUGGAGGACCAUCAUCUUCUUCACCCCAGGACGAGAAGAAGAACGACAGCAUCUUCACGCAGGACUCCUCCCCCUCGUCGACUAGUGCAUCACCUCACGAAAGACCUUCUACUCCGAGAACAGUAACGAACCUGGACGGCAGUACUACUUCUAGCGGCACGUCGCGCACGAAGAAAUCGAACUUGCGAGGUGGCGUGAGGACGCAAACUUCCGUGACUGGCACCAGCAGAGUUGCGUUCCUGGAAGAUACUGCGACACGACCACCAAGAACGGAGCAAGAGGAGAAAAUGAAGAAACGAGAUGAAGAAACCGCUCCGGAUCAUGAUGUUGGUGUGAGCGCUGGUUCCUUUUUUUCCUUCUUGGGACGAGCAGGUGAGAGCAUUUUGUUCAACAUGGGCCACGGAGGUCGAGGUGAAAGAACAGCUAGUAAUACAACGGGUUCUGGAGCAGGGGGUCGUCGCGAUGAUAAACUACCUACGGAUCAUAUUAAAAGUAGUCGAGACGGACCCGCCGGUGUAGUACACCAAAUCCCGUCCUCCACCACGCGGACGAGCAAUGUUGCCCUAGAAGAAGGCCAAGAGCAAGAUCACGUGAAGAAUGAAAAUCAGUUAGUACAACCAGUGCCAGUGGAAAACAAGAAGAAGUUCAAUUUGCGGGGCGGUGCGAAGAAAUCGUUGUCCACGGGUGGAACAAUAACGACAAGCAAAAUAUCGGGGUCACAACCAGAGCAAGAGGACUUUGUGGACGAGGAUCUGGGAGAAGACGUGGUCCUCGACCACGACCAGGGGGGGGAUUCAGUCGAGACUGGGUCCGAGGAGGAUGAACAAGCGGAAGAAGCAGAACGACCAGGGGAAGAACUAGAAGAAAAGGAUCCUGCAGACCCACCACUACACGACGAGGACGCCGACCAGUCGCCGCCGCAAGAAGAUCAAGAUGAUGAUGCAGAAUCGUCCACUGGGGACGAAUCUGAAUCCGAUGUUGCUGGGGAGGAGGCCGUUGAUGCGGCAGUUGUACUUCUAGCAGCUACAGCACCUCCUCGACAUCAGCCUUCUGUCCCGGAGGAAGACGAACACGAAGUGCAGGGAACAAUGCAGCCUGCUGAAGAUCCUCCCCCAUCAGGUUUGAUUGGUGCUUCUACGUCGACAUCAACAAGCAAAACCCUACUUGACGCAGCAGAUGUAGUUGGGAGGAAGAUCAUGCGAAUGAGCGGCGCAACAACAAGUACAACGGAUGAACCAGGAGGAGCAGAAGUCCUCGCACAUCCACGCAAGAAGAGAAGAUCGAACUUGCGCGGCGCUGCUAUCAACAUGGGAGAUGUAGUCCAUGAAGAAAACCGGCGACUUGAUCGGGCGCUGACGAAAAAUUCCACUUGGUCCUCGACCGCGGCAUCUUCCUCAUCUGCAACACACGAGGACAACGACAGUCGUAGAAGUGGUCCCGGUGGUGUUGUUUCUCGUCUUGCACCCUAUUUCUCUGCAGCUUAUAAAAACCCCGCAGCUUUUUACGACGGACCGAAAACGCGGGAACAUGGGGUAGGGAACAACUCCACCGUCAAGGAACAAAGAAGCGGUAGCAGGAGCGAAUUGGAAGGAAAAAAACAAACGUUGAACAAAAGCUUGGAAAUAUUAAAAGCAGGUGAUCUUCAAGAUGAUGAAGCUCAGCAACCACCAGAACCUUCCUGGACCAUCAACCACUUUUACCUAUUAUCCCAGAGAAAAAAGCUGGCAGGUCAUUACUAUCUAUUAUAUUCAUGCGAAAAUAUGGGUUUGUAGAGGGUAGACGAGAGGUGGCCGGGAGGUAAAACAGAGGUCAAAAGAGGCCAAAAAGAGGUCGACAGAGGUGGAGAGGUGGCGCGGGAGGCAGUUCGAGAGGGUGCGCGAGAGGUGGCGCGGGUAUAGCCCGCCGAACCGCUCGCCCUUUAGGGCCGCUAAGCGCCUCGGAGGGUGCCGAGAGGUAAAAAAGAGGGCAAGCGAGAGGGGGACAGAGGUGCCGAGAGGUUGCGCGAAUAAGGGGAGACCUCUCUCGCACCCUCUGGGCCACCUCUCGGCCACCUCUGUCGACCUCUACCCGCGAGUAUAGCCGGACUAUUAGCAACGCCUCUCGGAAGAGGUGAGAAAGAGGGUCUGCGAGAGGGGUAAAAAAACCCGAAUCCGCCCGAGGCAGGGCUGUUUUUUUGCGGCCUUUUCAAGCAUAGGCCCGAACCCUCUCGCGCUACCGUCUCGCGCACCCUCUCGCGCACCCUCUCGCGCCACCCUCUCGCGUCGGGCGGCUUCUGUUCGCCCCCGGUGUUCUUUGCAGCUGCCCCCUGCGCAGAGCGCCCGCAGGCGCGGGAAGCGCGCAAGCGGUCCUGCGGGUUGGCGCGGCGCAAACAGGCGGCCGGACCCGGCACCCAGUGUGUUUCGUCGUGCAUUAUAUUGGGCCCGUGGCAUUGUGGCCCGAUUCGCAAAUAGUCCUGCCCCGCCCCAACAGCCUUGCGCCCCGGCGUCAGCCGGGGCAUGGCUGGUAUUUGUAAUGCAAAAAUAAAUACAUAGAAAAAUUGGCCAUGGGCGGCCCCAUAGCGUUUGCUUCGGAUAUGCAAUACAGAUUGUCUUGUCUAUUUAUUUUUGCAUUACAUUUACAAAUCAGACCUGCCAGCUUUUUUCUGUGGGAUACCUAUUGCUCUUCCUGCCCGUGCUCUCCCUCCUGCUCGCCGGGUGUGUGGCCACCACGAGGAUCGGUGUGGCACUGUUUCUCGUGCAGCGACGGGAAAGGAAGAUGAAAGCGGCAGUACAGCAAUUUUCAGUGACGGACGAGAGUUGCGAGAGAAGGGACCAGGAAAGAGUACUAGAUGAGGACAACUCCGAUUCCGACUCCUCACACGACUCUCCUUUGCGAGGACCACACGACGGCGGCGGUAGGGGAAACAGCAAGGUCGGCGUUGCAGUAUUGCCGGAGCACGAUGAUGUUUUCGAGGGACGAGUAGAAGCGCGAGGCUUGCUUGUGGAUGAUGAACAUCAAGCUCCGACUGAAGUACAAGGACAGAAGCCGGCGGAUGAAAAACUGAACUCUAGUACUUCCAGUUCACGACGACCUUCUUCGCCUACCCUGUCUGGCAGCCCGAUCACCACGGCACGAGGAUAUCAUGCUAGUAUCGACUUGCGGCAGGAAAAAUUGUCGAUCACGAGCACCAUGUUGAGCAAUCGGGAAAAUGAUCGGACCGCGAGCGCCGCGAGGACCGAAGAGGUAGUUGACCACCCACGUUGUCGGGGACGAGGACCUCCUGGGAGGGAACAUCUUGUUCACCAGCAGCAGCAGCAGGAGCACGAUGUUUUCGAGGGACGAGUAGAAGCGCGGGGCUACUUUGUAUGUAGUGAGGUCACCGAACGGUUCUAACCGGGGAGUUUUUUUGACACCCAGCCAGCAAAACGACCGGCAGUUUCCAAGCGGGCGGAAGCGUUUUUGGACAUAAAAAAUUUGCAAUUAUCAAGCGGCCGGGGCUUUGCCGUCAAACAAGCCCGGUCGAAAACUAUCGACUCGCACUUGAUAAAACGACGCAGGGGAGCCGGCAAAAGGGGCGCCUUUCUGAGGCGCCCACCCCCUUGGUUUCUGGCGAUUUGGGGCGCCCAAAAAGGGGCGCGCAAAAAGCGCGCCGAAAAUCAGAACAGCGAAACAGCCGGGAACGGCCGCGAUUUCGGAGCAUUUUGGGCGGCCGCGAAAGCGGCCGCCUUUUCGCCGGUUUUAGAGCCUGGGGAGCUUUGCAAAAAGCGCCGGCGUGAAAAGUAAAAACGCGAAAAAUAAAAAGCGUACCAGACGCGCAAGGCCAAUCCGCAUGCUAUGGGCCCGGUUUUUCUUCGCUUUUUGGGCGCCCCCCGUGGCACCCGGAUCGGCCCCAUAGCGUCGGGGCUGGCUUUCGGAAAGGAAUUUUGGAAAUUUGCCAAAAUUUGCGACGUUUCCCAAGUGGACGCCAUACCGUGUGGCAUAGCGGCGGUAUGGCGAGCCCAUAAAAAGCAAAGCCGCGGCCAAGGCUGCGGCCGGCAGAAAAACGCCCACGACCUCACUACCCCCGCCCCGGCGGCUAUAUUUGGUAGGUGAGGAACAAGGAGCCCCGACUGGACUACAAGGACAGAAGCCGGCGGAUGAGAAACUGACCUCUAGUAGUUCCAGUUCACGACGACGACCUUCUUCGCCUACCUCCCCGUCUUGCAGCCCGAUUACUUCUGCACGACGACAUCAUGGCAGCAUCGACCACUCGCGACAGGAAAAAUUGUCGAUCAUGAGCACCAUGAGCAAUCAGGAAGAUGAUCAGACCGCGAGCGCCGCGAGGACGCCGUUGAGAAUAGAAAACCGCAGAGAGGUAGUUGACCACCCACGCCGGGGACAUCCUCCUCGGAGGAAAGAUCUUGUUCACCAGCAGCACCAGCAGGAGACCACGGCGUGCGGCAACUUUCCGGACCAGCUACUCGUCCCGGAGAUGAAACUGCAAGCGAAAACAAAUACGGGCUCAGGUACUUCUGCACCAGUUUGUUGCGAUGCUGCUUACAACUUACUGCAUGGAGUCAGCAGGUGUUUGAUGUCAUCUUACUUUUACAUGUGCAAAAACUUGGACAAGCAUUUUCGUUUUGAAUUGAUUUUUGAAUGGAAAACUCGUUCCAGGUCCAUCUCCAGCUCGGAAUAUGUCAGUGGAGGAUGGCGAGGUGGAGGAAAAGCCAGGGACGACUGGUGGAGGCAGGAGUUAUGCAUUGCAAAUAUGUUUGGGUCUGGAAGAAUGGGAACUUGUAAUGCAUGUUGCGGAUCACACAAAAAGAAAAAUCUGUCUUGCCUGACUCGCAAAAGAUGCCUACUUCUGGCCAUACUGACGAGAGGAUAUUCCUCAUGCAGUUUAGGCAUUGCCAAGGGGCUGCAGAACUUGUGAUGCUAAGAUCUGCAUUACAGACUUUGUGGAGCUUGGAAAAAUUGCAUCACAAGUCUCGCAAUCUUCCAGACCCAGACAUAUUUGCAUUUGAUAGGAGUUUCACUACCACCAAUCCCGCACGUGGUUCCGCCAAGAUGAUGAACGCCGCAUCGGCAUCGGCGGUAGACCUCCCGCAUGAAGAUUCUCAUGUGGUCUCUACUGGGGCAGGGGUAGCGGAGUGCUUACUUCCGACCUACCAGUUGUGA